CUUGUCGAUCGGUAUUGCUGUUUGUAUUGCGGUGACGCGUUCAUUCAAGAGCGAGACUUGCGGAUAUCUAGAUAGAUACCAAAAUACACACUUUCAGAUACAUUGUGUCCAUUGAGGCUACUAUUAUGGACCGUCUAAGAUGGCUAUGUCGAGUGUAAACUCUCAGCCCAAUUUAUCGCGAUUGGCCCAGAGAGGUGCGAAAUAGAAUAAUUUAUUUAUAUUUGGCGAUUAGCAAGUGAUCUACUCGGUUACGGCGGCAAAACCAAACGCUCCACGGGCAGAGCUAUCCAUAUGUCGGUCGGGAAUGCAACGUUCGAUUUUCGCGUCACGGUUGUCGACUUAAUGGUUGCUUCAGCACAGUUGAAACAAAUCCAUAAAUCGAGUGGUUUUCAUAAUCCCCAGUGAAAUGUGUCCUGUGAUUACUGGGCUCGAUAAUGUGACACGCCAGCCUGAUAGUGUGUACAAAUGAUUCUGUGGGUGCGAUUCAUUCCAAAGCCGUGUGCCAGUGAACGCACUGAAUUUGCAUAAGUUUAGCUAGAGCGUCCUAAGCCUAACGACGGUGCUUAUCGGCAGGUGCUAUCACCUGUGUCAUGUGUCCAAUUGGUGUUGAUGAUCAGUGAGCUGGAAAAGUGAUCAUUACUAAGAUACAUUGCCCAUUAAAACAAGUGGCAAAACCAAUUAACUAAAACGUAGAUAUAAUAUAUUAUAUUUACGAUACGGUAACCGGUUCGUCGCGUUUCGAUACUACAGUGCUCCGUUCGCGCCACGAUCGUUUGCGUAUUGGAGCGGUCAUAGUGAUCUGCAAGGUGGAAGUUGAGUGGUGAUCUUGUUUCGGCACCGAUUUUCCAGUGAUACUAUAAGACGCGAUAGAAUCUGCUACUGGAAGUCGUAAUUUACGGUGCAAUUUCCAACACGAUUCCAUCAAAUUUACUAUCGAAAGUGUCACCGGGUUGGGAUUAGAUCGCGAGGUGGAAUCAAUUUGUGAUCUGUGACCGAUUAAAGUGUUUGUUUUGCAAUUCAUAUCAAGUUUAAAUAAAAAUCCAGCUUAUUCGCGUCACCAACUUUCGGUAAUUCUAUGCGGCAUAUCUUGAAUGAAACAUAUUUGUUCAUCGUAAACUUCGAAGAUUCAUCGAAUAAUCUACGAUAGUGAUAAAGUCAAGUGAAAAGUGAGUUAAAUAUUAUUAUUUUGACUUCAGCGUGUUUAGUGUAAUCGACGGCAGGUUCAUCGUAUUUUCAUUCGCGUGUAGAGUACUUUUGAUAACUUUUUCGCGUGGUUCGAAUGCUUAUCUUCCGAGGAAAUAGCGGGCGGGAAAAUUUCCUCUCUAGUGUUUCUAUUUCCUUCACUGCAGUAUAAUUCACAUGGAUUUUCAGUGCUACGGUGUUAUAUUAAAUCCAAAGUUCCUUAAAACCAGCUUCCAGUAAUCUUAUUCUCGUCUGCUGAAAACGUGAAAUCUCAAAAGGAGUGGUACAUAAAAGAGUGAAAAGCAGAUGGACGGGAAGGGGAUGAGGGAGUGAAAGAAUAAAGCGGGACUGCCUUUUCUGUACAAAUAUAAGGUUGACACAAAGUUGCUGGAACGUCUAACAGGGGGACUCAAAUUGAUUUACCGAUUUCCUUCGCGUUUCUCUUACCUUCCUAAAUUCUGCGCAUUAUUGCAGCACUACCGAAGAGGUGGGAGAUUUUUCCUGUGCACUGCCCUUAUCCUCAUAUUUUCACAUCAUAUCGCCAUCAAAUUCAACAUGACGGCAACAUAUGACACGGCGUGGCAUCCGUUGUAAGGCAGCUCACAGUGGAAGGUUUUGUUAACGUAAAUGGGUGCUUUGGUAUUAAAAGUAAACACGUUUUUUUCCGUUGCUGUUCCUUCCUCCAUUGUUGUUGAUUCUGAUGAAUCUUUUAUAUGAAAAGAAAAGAGAAUUCCCCAUACGUUUGUGCUAGACCUGAUAAGAAAAUUAGAUUUUCGAAAAUAGUUUGAAAAAUCUGCGACGACAACGUAUACGAUGACAAAAUAAUUCCCAUAUGAUAGAGAGCAACGUCCUAAAAAUAAAUCACUCCCGCGACUCAGCAAUAAAAUCGAAGAUGACGGUGAAAAGGAGAGAUACAUAGAGCACUUCCCUAACGUUCUCACGCAUAUAGCGGAAGAGGGUUGUAUUUUAUUUACAACUUUGUCUUCUCCGUAAUCCGAAGGAUUUAUGGAAGGAACUUUACGCCAACAUUUCAAGGUUGUUGGAAUGACAAAUAUAUGCCACAAAGCGACUGAGAAGUGAAAUAUGUAACCAAAGUGAUUGACACUGCUAAGGUCCUAAAUCAUACCCACUUUACGAUAAUUUGAGUUUAACGAUAAAAAUAGGGAAGAGAUGACAUAAAACGUGUAGAAAAAAAGACAUAAGUUCCUAACAACCCGUUCCACAACGGGCAAUCCAAUGAUGGGUGAGAAGGGUGAGGGAUGCGAUCGUCCCUCAGGGUCAGCAACAAAUCCUUUCGGAGGGCGUAGUGAAGGGCAACGUAUUGCACGUCCCAAAGAUUUAGUUCAUAAGUGCAAUUCGGAUCCGGGUGCAAGUGCGGUUGCGGGUACGGUUACGGUUUCGGUUACGAGCGCGUCAGGUUCGCGGCCGGUCGCUGUUGAUUUUAGUAGCGAAAGUGAUCAAGAACAAACGCGGAAAGAGCAUGUCUCUAUGACUGAGCGGUCAAUAGUUUGUGCUGGUCCUUCCUCAGAAGCUAGAUCGAGUGAAGUAAGUGGCGAUAGUGGUUGCGGUAAAGACAUAGUGCAUAGUCAUUCAAGUACGAUCGGGCAAACGCCUUUGUAUCCGCGAAGUUUAUUUACGCGAUCACUUCGAUAUCCGUCCGGUGCUGGUACGACGCGAAAAUGCGUACUCACUUUGGACGGAUAUUCAUACGUUAUAGGUAAGCAUCAUUUUUCAACAGAAGGAAACAUCCAUGUUGCUAGUUCCCCUGAAAAUAAAAGUGAAAGGGACGAACCAGCCAUAUUCGAACGACGUGGUAAUGACAAAUUAACGUCAAGUAAUAGCCCGACAAGCUCAAAUUGUCCAUGUCCUCUUAACGGUCAAGUAUCAAAACAAGGAUCUCUGACCAUUGUACGUCGUUCGAAUAGUCGAAAGGGCAACCUAUCAUAUCAAACUGACCAGCAAUUUCAGCAACCGUCACCGUCACAAGAGCAGCAACCACACUUGCUGACACAGACGACCGCCAUUGAUGAGAGUAGUAGCGGCAAUAGUUGUAGGGAAUUGAUUCGAAACGCGGCCAUCUCGCAGGGCGAAGAAGCCGCAAGGACAAUCGAUCGAUACGAAUAUUCAACGUCGACGGGCGAUCGUUCGGAUAUGCAAGCGCUUCAAACGACGGGUAUUCGAACUGGUUCAUCUGAAUCCUCCGGUGGUACAAAUAUCACAUCAUCGUCCGUAAGCGAUGAUCUCGAUACCGUUGACUUAACAACCGACAGUUUACCUGCCGUCGAUACACCGGAUGCAUGUGAUAAAGCCGCAAUGAGAUUACGCUAUCUCUUGCGGCUUUUACAGCGCGGUGAAAUUUCCGCCGAAGUGCUACAAAAAAAUCUACAUUACGCAGCUCGAGUACUCGAGGCUGUGUUUAUAGAUGAAACUAAUCAAGAUGGUGCCUCUUCACGUGAUAAAAACGACAGUUGUAGCAAUCAAUCGAGUACAAAUGAUGGAGUUACGCCCCGGACUAAGGGUCCUUCGACUGCACCACCAACGCACAGUGGUCCGACGGGGCCACCGCCCAGUGGGAAAACUGGUUUGGGUGGUGGUGCAAUACAACGACGACGACUACGUACACCAGUUUGGGCUCGAUCCAUGUCAAAAAUGAGACUAGCCGAUGAAGAUGAUGAACUAUCAGAAGUCCAACCAGAUGCAGUGCCUCCGGAGGUUCGAGAAUGGUUAGCGUCCACUUUUACACGUCAGUUGGCGACAACACGAAGAAAAACUGAUGAAAAACCGAAAUUUCGUUCAGUCGCACAUGCAAUCCGUGCUGGUAUAUUCGUUGACCGAAUAUAUCGAAGAGUUUCUAGCUCUGCGCUUAUGCAAUUCCCGCCGGAGGUGGUAAAAGUACUGAAGACUCUAGAUGAAUGGUCAUUUGACGUCUUUGCACUAGCCGAAGCAGCCAAUGGCCAACCGAUCAAAUAUUUAGGUUAUGAUUUGCUCAAUCGAUAUGGUAUGAUUCAUAAAUUUAAAGUGCCGCCACUAACAUUAGAAACGUUUCUGAAUAAAAUUGAGGAGGGCUAUUGCCGCUUCCGCAACCCAUAUCAUAAUAAUUUACAUGCAGCCGACGUCGCACAAACCGUACAUCAUAUCCUUUGCCAAACUGGAUUGAUGCAUUGGCUCUCAGAUUUGGAAAUAUUCGCAACCCUUCUGGCAGCUUUAAUUCACGACUAUGAACACACGGGAACAACAAACAAUUUCCAUGUCAUGUCGGGCUCGGAAACGGCCAUGUUAUACAAUGAUCGAGCCGUCCUAGAAAAUCAUCAUGUGAGUGCCGCUUUCCGGGUCCUGAAGGAGGAUGACUGCAAUGUCCUGGCGAACCUAUCGCGCGAGGAGUACAGAGAAUUGCGAACACUGAUAAUUGAUAUGGUUCUGGCAACUGACAUGUCCUACCACUUUCAGCAGUUGAAGAACAUGAGGAACCUGCUAACCCUCGCUGAACCGACUGUAGAUAAAUCCAAGGCACUUGCCUUAGUGUUGCACUGUUGUGAUAUCUCGCAUCCAGCGAAAAAGUGGAAUUUGCAUCAUCGGUGGACGAUGCUCCUGCUGGAGGAGUUCUUCCGUCAAGGUGAUCUGGAACGGGAGCUGGGAUUACCAUUUAGUCCGCUGUGUGAUAGAAACAAUACCUUGGUGGCUGAAUCACAAAUUGGUUUCAUAGAAUUUAUUGUUGACCCAAGCAUGGGAGUUUGUUCUGAUAUGCUGGAAUGUAUUUUAGCGCCAAUUGCACCUAUCGCGUGUAAGAAUAACAGUCUGGAACCUGGAGACGGAACACCAAUCAAGCAAUGUCAACCGAUAAGUGAGGAAACCGAUGUAACUAAAAAUGGUGCUUCCACUGAGGAUACGAGAACACUCAAGAAGGACAAAUUUCGAAUACGAAAGCCUUGGGUUACCUGUUUGACGGAGAACAUGAAAAUUUGGAAGGAACAAGCCUUAAAAGACGCAGAAGCUCGAGCAAUAGCAGCAGCACAAGCACAAGCCGAAGAACAAUCAUCAUCAGAAAACGUGAACGAGGCCGAAAAUUCUCAACACGAUUAGUGCAUUAUUUUCUACUUUAAAUAUUUAAUUUAUUUAUAAAUUAUUUAAUACUGCAAAACUCACUGAAGCAUAUAACACAGAAAGAAAAAACAAGAAAAAAAAAAAACAGUUUAUGUUAUUUAAGUUGCAGAAGCCAGAAUUGUUCGCUGAACAAAGCAAUUUUUUAUAUAUAUGUAUGUAUCAUUUAAAUUAAUUAAACAGACAUGUAACAAUAUGUGUAUGUAUAUAAAUAAAACUUUUAAUUUUUUCUCCUUCUUCAAAGACACUGAACAUAAUUUUUACUAAAUACUUUAAUUGGGCAAACUCUCUUGCCAUAAUGUAAGCUAAAAAAGAAUUGAAAUUUAUAGAAAAUAGAACCAGAGAAUUUAAAUCUAUAAAUUUGACAGGAAAGGAUUUGUGUAAUUUAUUAUUUUUUACAACUUUUUUCGCAACAAAAACAAUAUAUUAUACAUUAUUUUAUUCAUGUAUAAUUAUAGUUAAUUUGAGAGCAAUCGUUUUGAAAAUUACUAAAAUGCAAAUUACCCUUUUGCAUACAAUUCUAAAACAAAAUUGUUAAAGCAUAUUGUAACUAUUAAGUUUGGUUGUGUAGAUUUACAAAUUGGAAUAAUAAUAAAAAAAAUACUGAUAGGAAAAUAAAUUUUUGUUUAAGGGAAAUAAAAGAAAUAAAAAAAGCCCUGAAACCAUAAAGGAAAUGUAUCUAAAAUGAAGAAAUAAUAAUGAACUCAGUAAUAAACUUUUAGGGAAGCUUUCAUGAAAAGUAAAACUAGAAAUUUAUAGUAGCAAUGAAUCAAUCUUAGAAUCGUGUUUGAAAAUAUACGUUUAGUUGUUGAAUAGUGUAUUAGAGAAAUUUAUCAAAUAAUAGUUUAACAAGAAGAUGUCUCAUAAUAGCGAAGAGAAGUAAAUCAAUAAAAAUGGCACAAAUUUAUCUUGAAGGUUAAAGGUAAUUAAUUUUGAACAGUUCCUUUGAAUGGUAUUUGCUAGUAUUAUAUAAUUUGAUUUCUCUGCUUUUAAAAUGUUUUGUCAUUUAUAAUUUUGAAACCAUAUCCGUUAGAUCUGUUUCAUUUAAAUGACUUUUUAUUUCAAGGAAAUUUAUAUAAAAAGCUUUGCGUGCUCUUUGAAACAAUUUCGUAACCAAAUCAUGAAAUUAUGCAUACCAAUAGUGUUUAUAAUGAUUUCUCCAAUGUUACCCCCAGCAAUAGUCCAGAAAUAAUGCAGACAUUUCCAACAAAAAUGAAGGAAUAUAACAGAAUCGAAAGUGAAAUGACUUUACCAAUAUCUUUUCGUCAUUAAGGAGAAAAUUAGUCCGUUAUUUCAUCGUGAAGGUAGUCCAAGAACAAAUCUUGCUAAUAAAGUAGCAAAAGGGGUCCGCAUUUCUUAUCCUAAACUUAAUGGCUCUCGUUAAUGCAGCCACCCCUAAUCCGACAUGCACUCGUCAGACGUGAUCAAGAAUUCAAUCAACCAGUUCCCAAUAAUCUCAUCCCAUUAGUCUAGAUUCAAGGGUGGCACAGCUACAGACGAAAUUCCAAGUCGGCUACAAAUAAAUUCUAUCAAUAGGAUCUGAAAACAACCUGAAGGCUCUUCCAAAAUCCAUGCAAUGGUAACGUUUACAAUCCAUAACUCCGCUUCAAAUCUAAUUUCAUCUAGUUUAUACUAAUGAGACCUGCCCGGGGGAUUCGAAAAUAUACAUUGGAUACAAGCAUUACUAUGGCAAAAAUAAACAUCUUAGCUACUUGUUGCUAUUGCCUUUUGUGGAAAACAGAUGAACAGACCGAAAACUGUCCAACAGAAAAUUAGAGCGCUAAUAAGAUUUCUCGGUCACCAUGGAAAAUUGCCUCUUGUAAUAGGAAAUUAUUUCUCACAUAAAUUCAAAUAAAACUGGAAAUAAUAAAUGAGCCUUUGAAUACCUUUUGCCCUUUCGUUUUCCCAAGUCUCUUUCAAUCGAUUCUUGCUUUUCUGCCUGAAAGUGUUUAGGUAAGGAGUUGUUUUCAGUUCUCCCUUGACUACCUUGUCGAUAAUGCCAUGGAUAAAAAUAAUACUUAUGUCAACUUAAAAUAAAAUACACAGAAAAGGGAGAUAAAAUAGCAUGCAUCCAUUCAGGUGGAAUUGACGCUGGCCCCGUUAGGAGACAUGUUUUCCUUUCAGAAUUAUGUGAUUGUUAAAGAUUUAUUUUUCCCUUCUGUUACCUUCAUAUCAUGUAAAAUUUUGAUAUGCUGUUUAUGUUGCGAACGUGUAUGUGUACGUGAACAGAAAACUUUUCAAUUUAAUUUUUUCCACUCGGUUGCUAUGUAGAAAAUGGUUGAUAAGGAAUCUUCCAGCAGUUUGAAUAAACACGGAGAUGAAAAAUUUGUGGGAAAUAGGUUCUUUCUACAGAAGAGGGCCGAAAUUGAUUUUCAAAAUACACAUUAACUACCCCUCUACAGAAAGCACACUAUUCGUUCGUGUUCACACUGUCUGAACUUGAAAAUAGGUCACACCCCAACCGUGAAAUUAGAGACAAGAAGUGGAGCCUACCAAAGUGAACCUUUCAGCCGGUUGUAUUUGAUGCUCGAGUGUAUACAGUAUCGAUAAGCUGCCAAUCUAACCAAUCCAGAUAACUACUAUGUAGAUCAGUCUCAGUGUCUUUACACUAAACUUUUAGCACAAAAGAGACCAAAGGAUGCAAUCCAUAUCAUAAUUUUGAAUCCUUCCCAAAGAAAUUACUUCCACUGUUUAUAGCCCACGUAUGUACUGUCCGGUCAGAUAUCAAGUCGCUGGUAGACUCAGUACUCCCACAAUUUCGUAAAUAAAUCCUAAUUUAAUUUCGAACGAAUGAAUGUUAUUAGACUAUUUUUGUCCUGAUUAUAACUCAUUCAUAUGUCGUGUUUUUGAAUUUAUAUAAGGUGCUUCGCACUUUAAUCGCAUUUUGACUCCAUCAUGAUAUCCGUCUUUCAUAAUUUUUGCCUGGUGCUCUUACAAUCCGCUCCCACUUUCGUAUCUCUCUCCGGAAUCAUCUGGUUAGCUAUCAUCUUAUCUGGUUGAUAAAUGAUUAAAUUCAUGUCUGCUAAGAAUGCAUCACGUAUUUCGAUUAGGUAUUGACGAAUCGGGACCAUUUACUCAAGUAACCGGUACUGACAAUCUAUGUCUCCUGCUCACUCCUUUGUGGAACAUAAGGUCUCCACACAGUAUCUUUUUGAUAUUGUCAUUUUUGCCAUAGUAGUUUUUCCAUUUUGCUAUGCAAGUCACUAGCCUCCAACAGCGGGAUAGUACAAACAUCUACGACUAAACCGGAUUCAAACAGCCAACUUGCCCAUCGCAUCGUCGGAUAAUGACAAACAUAUAUUAUAUCGGUCUCCUUUGCUGUCCAUCGAAAAAUGUCUUCUUUAUUCUCAUCUGUUUUUUUAAUGAAUUAAGUGAGCGUCUGCUACAAAAUUUAGGUUUUCUUUUACUUCUCCUGGCGAAUAGCUCCGCUCCUCACGAUUACGAGGAUUGCAUUUGAAAAUGUGCAUCAAUCUAGAUCCUUAACUUCAAACUUAGAAGAGACGCCGCUACUAAGCACCUGCAAUUGUUUUUACUCUUAUUGAAAUCUAUACCGGUGUAAUGAUACCAAUGCAUUCGAAAAUGAUCCCCUAAACUCUACAUUAAACUAUAUAGCAGUUAAUUCUAUACCUAUUCCUAUUCCUUUUUCGAGGUUAUAAGGAGCACAGGUGACAGUUUAUUCCUAUUUACGGCCCAGAUAUAUCAUGACCACUAGACCCUCGUAUUGAAAUGUCUUCGCAAUAUGUUCUUUGAUUCCACUUAGAAUUAUACUUUCUAUUUCCACCAUCAACGGUGAAACUGCCGAUAUCCUGUCAAGGCCUGCCUUAAUAAGGAAUUCGAGACAUGGCGAGGUUCACAAGUUCAAUAUCCCUAAAAGGUGUUUGGCGUACUGGCUUACGCCAUCGCUCCAUCUGAGCCGAGGUCUUCUAUCAUAGAUAUUUCCCGUAUAGACUUUCUGGGCUGGAUCAUCCUCACCCAUCAUACAUAUUAGGAUACACCCACCGCAACCCAUUCAGCUUGAUUUUUCUACAACCGUACGGUCGUGAUAUCGGUCAUUGACUUAGUCAUUAUAUAUGCUGCAUAGGAGGGCAACAAUUCUUUGGCGGAUUCUUCUCUCGAAUGCAACUACAAAUUUGAAAUUUUUCUUUCUAAGAACCAAAGUUUCCGAGUAAUACAUAAGGACUACCAGAAUCAUUGUCUUGUAAAGUAAGAGCUUUGACUCUAUAGUGAAAUGUUUCAAGCGGAACAAUUUUUGUAAGACAAAAUAGGCUCCAUUGGUUGUCAUUUUCGACGCUAUAUAGAAGAAAUAUCAAUGGUGUAAAAGUUACAGUCUCUUAUCUUUAUUGCUCUCAUUUGCUCGGUGCCAUUUGAUGCUGCUGCUCUUUGGUUUCUGGUGCUGACCGUGCCAUCAUGUAUUUCCAGCCCAAGAUCCCGUGCUAGUCACCGCCUGCUCAAUCAAGGUUAAAAAUAUUGCACCAUAGGACAUCCUCUUGUCUUAGACGGUUAGUAAUGCUGAAUGCUCCCAUCAUCAGGCGUUGAUUCGCUCGCGCACCUUGAGCACAAGUUGGUGAACCGCUUGGUGUAAUUGAAUGUCUCCACAUUUAAAUAGUUAGACUGUAAUUACAAUGGCUCCAGGCGGCUGAAGCUGAUGAACAGCAGAGACUGUUACUUCCAUGCUUGAUGGUGACAGCAUUUGUCCGUUGUCUUCACUUGGCGGCACGUCUGAUAUGCUGAUAUUCUGAUUAUUGAGCAGCUCAACUCAAUCCAUCGCUCCAAUAUGCCCAUAUGGCUUUUUUUCUGCUGGCUUGCUAGUAAGACUUGUCCGGGCUCGUCGCCGUCGCUCCCUGUACUUUCUGAUUCCUCAGAUCACUUGCAUUUUUUUCCUUGAAAGCCAAACUCUCACAUGUGCCACCCGUAUAGGCAAGGUAACUAGUCCACUGCAGACCAUUAAACCGAUUUUUAUCCAGAACUAAACGAUCGUAAUACCGAUAAUUGGUUGUUUCAGGGGCCAGAAUUUCAUCAGAGAAUUCUCCUCUCGAACGCGGUUAAGAGCUCAUAACUUUAUACAUGAGAACAAACAACGUCACUGUGAACAUGGCAGAAGAUUUGUCCCUUGUUUCGAACAAAAUGGUUUUUGUAAAUUGAAAGAAUCUUUGUUAGUUGCCAACAUUUACGGUAUUCUACCCUGGAUAGCAGAAAUUUUUAACAAAUUCAAAGUUAUAGUCUCAAAUCUUGUUUGUUUUCAAUUGACCAUUACUAUUGGAUCUUGGGAAAGCUAAUGCCCAUUACAAAAGACCGUCAGUGGUAACACGCACCUGUUUUAUGUUGGGUUAUUAGAUGUGGUUGCUCUCAAAAACUGAUGCUGGUGCUGAAGUUGCCACCAUGUAUUUCGUGUUAUCUUAAUUAAUGUACAGACCAAGAUCUUGGGCCACAUGCGCCCGGAAACCACAACUCUGGAUGUCCUUUCCAUUAUGUCGGUAUUGUCUACAUAAACCAGAAAUUGGACCAACUUAAAGAAGAGAGUAUCUCUGGCACUCUUUUCAGCGUCGUUAAUUACUUUUUCUAGAGCUGGAUAGAGCAUCCUAUUUUCCUAGAUCUUCAUGAUGGUGAAAGGUCUCAAGAGUGAUUUUGCUGUUUUUAUCAAGCCCCACACAGUCAGAGUCAGCCUAGAUAGUCUUGCUAGUUUUGCUGGAAUAACGAAUUCUCGUCGAUGAAAAAGUGGCACAACUGAUGGGCACAUUCCAACAGUUUUUCAAUGACUAUCUUAAAGUGGAAAUCUGAUCUGUUGCUAAUUUGACUGAAGUUAAGCUUCUUUAAAAUGGGUCAAUGAUGUUCGGGAUAUAUAUACUUAUCCAAGCUGGUAAGAUAGUAGGGAGCAUUUUCCAGAUGGUACUGAUGUACAACAUUUCUCCAUUUCCUUGCUAGUUUACAAGCAUCAUCGAACAAGCUGUUCCACUUUUCCUUGUGGCUGGAGAUAAAUUUGUAUGUAACUAUACCAAAAGUGGUCUUAGUGGUUGUGAAUGGCCGUUGUCAGUUCCUGAUCUCCAGUACAUGAUAACUAUGGUUAUGAAUGAAUAUCAUACAUUUCCGGUAAAUUGAAGUUACGGAGAACUUGAUUACGGAUCGCUUCAGUAUCUACUUUUACCUGACUUUCAGAGGUGGACUUAAGUUGAUGUGAUUAUUCGGGGUCAGAACAUCUAGCCAACGAAAUAUGAUCCAAGUCCAAGUUUAUAUUGCGCCCACCCCCUAUAUAUUGGCAUUAAUCAAAAUAAAGAGAUAACUGGUUGAAAGAGAGAUCCACUUUUGCUGGACGAUUUCUUUCAGCGUAAACUAGACACAUCCAAUGACCAUUUCAUGUGCCCCUAUUGGGGUAAUGGAUACAUUCACGUAUGCUAAGGGUAACGACUCAUCACUAGAAUACAAACGUGUUCCCUAUUUGGCUGGUCAAAUGUUGAAGUAUGAUUUUGAUGUCAUAUCAAGGGCAGGAUUUGUGAGUUCGUUCAUAUUAGCCAAUUACAGUAUAUUCCUAUUGCUGGUGUCGAUGGCCCAUUUGCAGAAUAUAUUCCUGACUUUUAUAAGCUCGAAAGGACAUAUGGGUUCUCCACCAUGUGACCCGUUGCUUCCGAAUUCAGACAUCAUUUGGAUAACCUUACUCUCUCUGAGCAUUAAUGAUACAUUGCUGCAACUUUUUAUAUAACCAGCAGUCUGCUUUCACAUGCUCUUCAGAGGUCUAUUUGUUGUCUUUUCUGGUGUACCACUUUUCCUAACAUCCACCAUUUUGAGAGCUUUAACCGGAUCACCAGUCGAUGUUCUGACCUUAAUCUGCUUUUCAUAUUCAUCCAGAUUUUCCUUUGAGGUUACAUAUCUGUUAUGUUAAAGCUGUAUUCAUACUUACCAACACGUAGCGUGCCCAGCACAGACAUCAUAGGCUUAAGCGUUCUCACAAAAGUAUUCCUGUAGGUGUCGUAUAAAAAUCCAGAACCAAUCAUCAAAUAAGUAUGCUUCGUUGCCCAUUUUCAAUAUGAGAACUAUAACAAAAUAUACCAAUUUGCACUAUUACAGCAAUGUACAGUCUUCCACAGACAGAACGUAUUCACACUUCACAGUUAAUUCAAUUUUCUAUACAAUUUUUAUAGCCCUCUGGCAGGCCGGCCGCAGUUCUUUCUCUUUGUUUUUUUUUCAGUGCCGGCCCAUUUUUAGCAUGCCAUUCGUUAGAUUGUUAGUUGGUUUCGACGUCAUAAUCAUAAACCCACACCUCGUCACCAGUAAUAGUGUUUUUGAUUAACGUAAUUAACUACGUUGACAAACCCCUCUCUUGCCACCUCUUCUUGCUGUUUUUCUCUAAAAAAUGUAACUCCUUUGCCACGAGUCGGCCGACGAUGCGCUUCAUACCCAAAACAUCAACCAUGUGUCUAGGCGAUCCGUUAAAGAUGUUGAGAGAAUCUGCUAUCUCUCUAAUAUCAACACGACGAAUACAAUUUCUUUCACGUUUUCGACAUCGCCAUUAUGGUGAGGGACGGACGACUCGCUUGAGGAAAGUUUUCGACAAUCUCGUGAGCCUCACUAAUUGCUUUAUGCCACUCAAAUAUUUGUGUUCUUCUCUAUUGAAAAGAAGACUCCCGAAAAUACUUCCAUUAAACUGAUGAUUAUUAGUCAAUUUUUUCCCCUAGUAAAAUCGCCAGACAAACUUUUCACGUCAUAAACAGUCGACACUAAUGGACGUAUCCUGCUCAAACUUCAAGAAGAAGAAAAAGAACUUGGCAAAAAUGUGCCGAUCCAGAUAAACGCAAUGUAAAUGAACCAGUCCAGAUCAAAUUUGAUAGCACGUCCACCACACUUACGCACCAUUGCAUAUGGUUCCUGACAAAAUACGGCAAGUCCCCCAGGCUUUUUCCAAAAAGGUCGUUCUCAGUGGAGUGGUCCACCAUUCUCCGCCACAUAAGUCUUGAGCAACGACGACCUACUACCGCAGGAUUUCCACUACAUGACCCGCAAUGCCAUGUGUGACCUCUCCACUGUCAGCUCCUUUUCCAGGUCAAAACGGGAUUGGAAUGUAGAUCGUUCGUAUUUUUUCAGUACCAUCUUCCUGUCCUAUUCCCAGGUGUGCAAAAUUGAUCAACUGACUAUCGUACACUAUAACAGUGUCCUACGGCUUUGCUGUUUUUCUUCGUUUUUGGUUUCGAGGCGAUUUCCCAUAGGUUAUCGAGUAUCAUCUGGGUCCAUAGCAUAGUUGUUAACGGGUGUUCGUAUACAGCAACCAUUGGCAGAUACAAUAAAGAUAAAAUACAACAUACAAAAUAAAUCCAUUGUCAUUUAAAGCGCUCGUCAGCAUCUUAGUCUAGCCAGCUUGAACUGCAUAUCGUCGUCCUUCUGGUACCCUACAAUACCCAUCCCGACCAGUUCAUUAACGACGUCGUCCAAGUAACGUUCAUUGCCCAGGAUCAAAGAUGCUCUGAGCCAUCUUUGAACUUUCCCUUAUAUAGCUUAUCCAAGAGUUUUGGAACUUCCUCUGCUCACUCGAGAAAUACACAUUGGAUAGUGUCGUUCAAAAGGUUUUUGAACUUCACGCCGAUUUGGUCACCUUCCUCUUCCUCGCUUCUAAUGGUCUCCUGCAACGUCUUUAUUGAUUUCUCCAAUGUCGCCAAUUCCUGCGUCAUGGAUGGAUUUCCUCUGCCAGUAGCAACCAAAAACUGAAGCACAGUCUCAUUUAAAACGUAAUGAGAAAAAACAACAAUAAAAUGGGUUAGAGUCAAGGGAUUCCCUAUACUCUACGAAAGACAAAAAGAAAGAACAUUUUUAAAAAUGCCUUUGUCAAAUACAUAUUAUAGAUUCUCAACUACCUCAUCUCUUUCAUUUUAAACUAAUUUACCCGAACUGUAACGACGUCAUUUAAUUAUUGACCAAUUGAAAAACUAUAGUACAUAGUAUACCCUAGCAGGGUGUAGGAAAUAACUUAGUAAAAUGCAUUUAUUUAUCUAUAAAGCUCUCACUUAUUUCCUUGAUUUCGUUUCAAGUAUUCCCCAAUAAGCAAAAAAUUAAAUGAAAACAUUUAGUAAUACAACAAUUGAAUAAAAAUGAUUGACAAAGACCCUUAUAUGCAAUGAAGCGUGCCAACCACUUCAACUUGCCUUCUUUGCAGAACUAAGAACUCUUGAAAUCUGCUUCCCAUAAAGCCAAUACUCGUCCCCCCCUAUUCCACACCAACUAUUUCUAGCACGACCCACUCGUCAGUCAUCCUGGUGUAACAACGUCUACUGAAUGGCAUGACCAAAAUGAAAUUCUCGCCCUUCCUAUUGUCUGUAUUGUCGUCUCUAUAUAUUACAUUUUUCUAUAUUCCCAUUGUCGAUACCAUCUCAAGUCACUGAAUCACAUAAAAGUCAUCAAACAACUUUUUACCUCCCUUUCUCUUUCUUCAAAAAAAACUGUGGGUAAUUUCAACAAGAUAAAAUAUUAAUAUCUAAUAUAAUGACGGCAAUGUUUAUGCAACUUAUUUUUAAAGUUUCCUCAAAAAAUCAGAACAAAUUUUCCAAAUUCCAGCUUUUUCAGUAUAAGAUAUUCCCUGUAUGCCUCCUUUUCACCUGUUCCUGUUGUGGAAUAUAGACUCCUUUUCGAAUUGUUAUUUUCUUCCUAUUUAAUAUUCAAUAAAAUGAAGUUUCAGUUCAGUUGCAGGUGAUAGACUCGCAGCAGCGGAGUAGCACAAAGAUAAGAACAAAAACAUUCAUUUCCCACCGGAACUUAAAUCCUGGGCAAAGAGAUCAAGAGGCUGACACUCAAUCAAUCCUGCCAUACUUAGAUACCUGUCGAUAUAGCUUGAAUGCCAUAACCAUUUUUAUUCCGAAUUUCCCAAGGAUAUUAACGAUUCAUAUAUGCCUUUGAGAUAUGAUAUCGCACGCCAACUAUUUAGGACUUCAAAGGAAAAAAAAUUUGUUUGUACCUCCUACCGAUUCCUUCUUCCUUCUGGUACUGAUAGAAAAAGUUGUUAAAAUGUCGCUACAAAGGAAUCGUUUUGCAAUAUACACCAAGAAAUUGAUUUUAAAAACUUCUUCCAUUCAUACUUUCCGAUAUUGAUAGACGACGAACAUGACAUCCACAUAAUACGGAAUAUAUUCCUGUAUAUUUUUGAUUUUUUCCUUCGGUGAAAUGAAAGAUUUUUUAAAAAUUAAUUCAGCACAAAUUCGGCCUGUACCAAAAAAACUUAUGUGCCACCUGGCAUUUGGUAUCAAAUUUCCACCAACUUAACUUUAUAGUAAAGAGUAAAAAGCGGUUGAGUUAGAUUUUAUCAAAUUGUAGGCGAGGGUUCAUUACUUCCAAUGUGAAUGGACGAAUGGGGGUGCUUUGAUCAGGAUUGGGUUAUGUUGCCCCAAACUACAGCCUGUUUGCUUAUUGUUUGUCUUAGCAAAGUCUAUUUAUAGGAAAGGUUCACGGUGGUAUCACUGAGCAGAACGUAGAUACGGGCGUUAAGGCGCCAUUUUCUUGUAAACCUUCGGAGGGCUAUAUAUUUUUAGACUUGGCACCUUGGAGUAAUUUUCUGUCUUAAAAAGGUCUUUUUUGGGAGUGUCCUUAUCUGAGUAGCUUAAAAUUUAAGAAUUUUAUUAGGAGAAAGGCAUAAAUUUUGCAACACUACCCACAGCAUGUGAAUGAUAAACGACAAACGGUGUAGUUUUAGCGUCUAACCUUACUUACUUUGAUUCUUGCGGUAAAUUUACACACUUUGCCAAGCUUACUCAUACGAAGGACGAUCUUUAAUUGGCUGAUGUUGAAGUUUUCACAUGGUCCCCACAAUUUCCCAACGCUUCUCGGCUCUGUUCCCAAAUAUGAUGAGCAUGUCAGGAGCAUAUCAGAAAUCCUUUUUAAGCUUUUGUGUGAAACAAAACCUUAUUAGAAUCAAGUCGAUGACUACCGCUGGCUCCUACCAUGCGGCUAUGUGAGACUUCUACUCACCAAAACCACCUCUGUCUCCUUCGCUAUUAUUACAUCGCGGGGCGACAUCAGUUACGAACUGCGGCUCGUGUCGUUAUUUGCUAUUUGAAGCUUCUUCUUCUUCAAUAGGUUGUGGAUCGUCUUCAUUAAUUUUUCCAUGGCCCUCCAAGCUGUUUCAGAAGCUAGCAUAUGUUUCAUCAUAUUCCCGCGUGACAACCGCGCCCCGGCGUCAAUUUCUGCCUCAAACCUGUGUGCGACGAACCUUGGCCAGUUAAAAACAACAUGCUCCAUAUCCUCCGGAAUAAUCUUGCAUAUCGGGCAAUUUGGGCACUCGGCACGCCCGGAGCGAUGAUGGUAUGCACGGUACCCUCCACGUCUGUUUAGGAAUUGGGUUAGCUCGUAGCUUCACCGUGCCUUCGUUCGAUCCAUUUUGAGACAUCUGGAAUAAUCCUAUCCUAGUCCAAAAUCCUUUAGUCGAAUCAUCCCAUCAUUUUUUGUUCACUUCGUGCUAAUUGCCGACGAUGGUUACAGGACUCGGCGAUUGCAUACGAUGGGUCAUAGAGGUGUCGACUCACGUUCGCCAAGAUAUCAAUGGAAACCAUGAUUGCUAUCACACAGGCUGCUUCGUUUGAUGUUGAACGGUAAGCGCACGACACUCGCAAUGCACUCAAUCGGUUUGAUUCUGCGACUUUUCUCCUAUUGCCUCUAGUUCCAAUGACGAUGCAUAAAGCAAGGUGGAGCUGACAACUCUUAAGAUAAGGACCCAAUGACUUUGCCUAGGGCCACCUAUAUUCGAUAACAUUCUUGGCAAAAAUUUAGCAACCCCUGAUACCUUUGUGACUAAAUUCCUAAUAUAAGACUUAAAUUUCAGCCUUUGGUCCAUCAUUACUCCUAGGUAUUCAAGCGUUGUUGUGACGGUGUUCGCCAAUUCUGAUCAUUAUCGACGUUUGCUUCCUUCGUUUGGUGAUCAAAACUACCUCUUUUUUAUGCUCUGCGAGGGUCAGACCAGCUUCUUCUAGCCAACAUCUAAUUUCAAAAAUUGCCUCGUUUGUAAAGACCCCGAUUGUCAGUCCUUUAGGCAGUUGCAACUUCAAAAUUCCGUCAUACAUUAUUAUCCACGGGAGAGGAUCAAUCCUGGUGGAAAUCCACAGGUUGUUUUAUACAUCCUAAGUCCAUCGUCCGAAUCGUAGCACAUCAGCCACUCCUAAAUAAGUUUUCAUUUGAUGUUCGCGCGAUCACCAUCUUUAUAAAAAGUCCGCCCUACUGCUAACUUUCUGGGCACCUCAAGUCCCAAAAAUUGGACAGACCUUAGAAUUGGGCUCAUGGAUAUCUAUCGUUAAUGGAGGAGUUAAUGGAAGGGUAGAUCGUAUACAUUCUGUUGCACUCGAUUGUAGAGAACAUUUUUUUUAACAUAAAUACAGUUUUUCUCUAGUUUUGGAGACCUAUUUUGAAAUUCGAGCUCGCUGACUACACCAUACAUACUGAAAUGCAAACCAAAUGCUCCCUAAUACGAAAUAUCCCCCACUUUAUGAGGGACUCUUCUUCCCUAUCAUAAUAGUUUAGUAGUUGCUCUAAAUUUGAGGCCGCGAGAGAGAUCUUGAACUUGAAUUUCAAAACAAACCUCAAAAACUAGUGAACUGCUUAGGCUCAAACUAAUGGCGGUUUAAACUUCGAUAUAAUUCGCACCGUUGUCGUGUUUUUGCGAUUAUAUAAAAAACAAACAUUUUCCACUUGUUGCCACUUUCGGUCACGCUGCCCCCAGGACAGAGCUGAGGCAGCGUUUGAAGAGUUACCUCUACCCUGGACGACGUUUUUUCUUUUGGUAUGCUUGUGUGCUGUACCCCAAAAGAGGGAUCCGUGGGCCAAAAAACGUGGGAAUAAGUUGCUCUCCAUUUGGUCCGGUCCAACAUCAAGUGAAUGUGGACUUAGGAUCCCUCAUAUCCCAAAAAAUCAAUUAAGAUUGUAUCUUGUCACCGGUAUUAUUUCCUUUUAUUCUCGGUAACAUUCUUCAUGCCGCCUUGGCCGGAAAACGCGCUUUAAUGUGCCAUGCCGUCCUUCGUCAUAUACUUUGACUACCCUGAUGAAAUCUGCUUACUCUUUUAGCGAGUUUUGUACCUUUUCCAAAUGACUCUGGAGGAGGAGACAGGUAGAAUCGGACUAAAGGUAAACACAAAAAAACAGUCUGUCUGAAGGGUCACCCAUUCUCCCAAUCUGCAUCAACCCGUAGAGCAUCGAAGGUGUUGAUCAAUUUGGAUAGCUCGGAAGUGUGGCUUCUGCAGGCGUCGGUCGACACCGAAAUUGAUAUCGCUCGAAAUGUUAACAGCGCUAGAUUCGCUUUGCUACAUUCUCUAAAAUCUGAAUAUGUAGUUAUCUCAAUACUAACAUUAAAUUGAGACUGUUCCGUGUAAUAUAUUGCUAUAUGGAACUAGGAUAUUGUGAAUGACCGCCACUGUUACUCGAAAGCGCCAACCCUUUGUGAACACUUAUCUGCAUCGUAUCAACUUCAUCAAAUUGCAAACUAACAACUUGUCCGGCACACGGACCAGUUAACCCUGGAUGUGUUAAGAAGAAGAUAAAGGUUGCAGUGGCUAGGGCACACGUUGAGGAGAAUCGACAACUACACCGCUGGCUUCGUUAUGAAGUGGAACGCACUACCGCAUGAUAACCGACAAGUGGGUCGCUGCAAAAACGCAUAAUGUAGACUAGUGGAGGCGAAGCGCAAAUUUCUCGGGAAUUCCUCGAAUCAACUGAAGCACAUUUCACUAAACCUUAUACGAUAGCACGUAGGAAUGGUUUUCCCAUUCACUGGUAAAUGCCGCUCAUAUAAAUUGUUUGCCUCCUUGGUCUUCUACACAGGCAGGCCCGCCUGAAGGGGAAACGGUUAAUUCCUUCCUGGACUGAAGUUUUCUCGGUGGCCCAGUGUAGGAAGACUUGAAUCAAAUUGGUUUGAUGGUACAAUUUCGAGAGACUAACACGAUUUUCACCCAGGGUCCGGAUUUUUCCCUCUAGGACAACGUGUAUAAUUGAAUUGGUUACUACGUAAUAAUGACUUCACUUUCAAUGUACAGAACAGCAAUAAUAAAACCUUCACAUUUUGCCAGAUUUUACAACCUAGGUACAGCAAUAUAAAUCCAGCCAACUGAGCAGAUAAAAAAAGUUAUCUUCCAGCGGCUUUAACAAUAUUUUAAAAAACUUUCAAUUGAAAUCAUCCUUCCCUAUUAGUAAGAGCACGCACGUCUUAAGCUUAAUAGUAAUAUACCAUUUAAUAUUAUUUCUUUAAUAUUUUUCCUCUCAGUUAAUUUUUAAAAAUUUUACACUAAGUCAAAACAACCGGCACAUUAUGCAAAAUUGGAAGUACACAACAUUCAAUAUUGUUGAAUUUUUGUUUGGUUCAUAAAACAUUUGUUAAAAGCGUUUCAUAAUGUUCCAGGAAAAAAAAAUUAAAAACCAAAGUAAAACACCAAACUUGAAUAUUUAUACAUUUACUUAACUGGAACGCAAAUCUAUGUAAAUAUCAUGUUAAUAAUAAUUGGGAUUGGAAUUGCCUGUUUAACUGACCUGGCAAACUUGCAAAAGCAAAAUAAACUAGAAAAAGUCGAAGCUACAAUACUAUAUUAUAUAAUUGAUAUCGAAACAAGAAAAUUGUAUAAUGGUAUAUUAAAAUUUAAUUUAAUAUAUUCAAAAAAAUAUGUAUAAGAUUCAAUGUUUAUAUUUUCAUCUCUUGUUUAUUUUUGACGAAUUUUUACACGCUUGAUUGAGGGACCAUCUUUUAAGUUUCACCAUUGCUCCACUCAACACAUAUAGAGAAAAACCUAAUAUUAUAUAUAAAAAAUUAGACAAGCUGCUCCUUAUCAAGUUAAAUAGUAUAUAAGCAGCAUUUUUCAGUAGCGUACAAUAAAAAUAUAUGAUAAAUAAAUGCAAGCUGCUUUUGGAAUUCUGUCCACACAUAGUAGAGUUUUUUCUCCGAAAGAUAUGAAACAAUAUAGCUUGUAGCUUUUUUAAAGAAGAAACUCUUCAAAUACAAUUGUUUUCUAAAUAAAAUUAACAAAUUUUGACAAACUUUAUAUAACAUUUUACUCUUUCUCUUUUUUACCUUUUAUUCCUUUACGUCAGCCAAUUUGUGAUCCAACACACAUGAAUAUAUAUUUCGAAUCGGAUAUCUCCACAAAUAGCAAAAAACUCAUAACAAAUCACAAAAUUAUGAUAAAAUCUCAGCGAAAAUACACACACUGGAAUAUUUUUUAUAUACUGUUGAGCAAUGGUAGUAUAGCUUAGCAGUAAGGUACCAUUAUCAGCUGACAUUGGGAUCAUAGCUUUAUUAAGGUAGAAAUUAAUUACUGAGAAAAAAUAUUUGAAAAAAAAUACAAACAAAAUUAUUAUAAUGAAUGAAAUACACUAAAAGAACUCAUUUUCACUUACAAGCACAUCCUAAUAAGUAGCGAUUUCUUCAACAUCAAUAAAGUUGGCAAUAAUAUCUUUGUUUUAAAAUGCAAAUAAUACAGCCGCGAUAAAUAUGUUCUAACAAAAUAAAUAAAUAAAUUUAAACUUUCCAUUUUGAUCAAAUCCGUGCAAAAGAAAUAAUAGAAAUUUAACCAACUAAACUGUGUUUUUUUAAAGUUCGUUGCUGACUAUCUUUCUCUCUGAAAAUUUAUUAUAUAUAAAAAUUUUAUCCAAAUAUCUGUUGCCAACUUAUACCCAAAAUGAAUAGAGAAAUAUUGCCAAGAAUUUGAAAAAAAAAUAAAAUCGACCACUUUAAUCAUUUUCAAAUAUUUUUUAUUUAAUAUCUACUCACAUAUUUUAUCGCUCAUACCAUGUAGUGUACGAAAUACAAAAAAGAGUAAAUGUGUACCACGGAAACACAAAUCAUCAAUCACCUAGUAGAAUAUAUCAAUCUAUAAUAUAUUUUAAUAAGUCAUUUAACAAAAUAAAAAUAUACAAAGAUGCAUGUAUUGAUUGUCAUAGAAAGACUAUAUUUAUUUCAAUUUUUCUAUAAGCUCAUCCAUACAUACAUAUGCAUGAAAUGGUACAGCGGAGAGGAAUUACAUUUGAGGGAUUGACUUUGUCUUUUUAUAAAAAGAAAAUAUUUAAUACCUAACUAUAACUAGCAUAAAUAGCGUGAAAAUAUAGUGAGAUUACCGUAACAACAAAAGAGAAAAAAAACAACUAAAAAUUAAGUAGCUUAUUUUCUUACAAUUUCCUAGAAAAUAAAAAUAAUGAUGCUAUGGAAAGUCAUAUAUGUAUACAUAUAUAGGGAAGAGAAUCAAAGAAGCUCGAAUAACAACCUAAUACAUAAAUUAAUCAACAUGGAAAACGGAAAGUAUAGCAAGAAAAAUCUAUUAUCAUUCUAUGUCUAUCAAAAAAGCAUCCACAAAAAAAAUGUGAGCGAGAGAUGAACAAAAAAAUGUUUCUGUUACGGACAAGCAAUGUAAAUUUAUAAAUAAAUACUAUUAUUAUAAUUCUACAAAGAGAAAUAUUAUAUAAAAUAUAAUUUAUAACUAUGUUAGGCUGGAUCUAACUAUCUAUAUAUGCGAUAUUUAUUCCGCCGUGAAGCAAAAGCAAAUCAAGAACAAACAAAGAAACAAAACAACUACUAUUGCAACUGUUAUCCUUUAUAUCAUGUGAAUUAUAUAAGAAUUGCUUCUUAAAAAUCUUACCCUCCCCAAUUUUUUUUUUUUCAUUUUCCGAUGCGAAUUAAAGUUGAAUGAAUCUGUUGAAAUGAAAUAUUUGAAAAUAUAUAGGA